UAUAGAUAUCGGUUAUCUAUCUGGUCCAGAUAAUACUACUAUUAUUGUUCAGAUACGACUUUUCAGAAAGGAAAUAAUUCAAUUGAAGAUCUACGUAUGUGGUAUAAGUAGAGGUCAUUAAUAGUGGAGAUGAAUCAAAUGGUAGAUGGUAAAAAAUGAAGACUUUUUCAAUAAUUAUUGGGAUUAGUAUUUUAAGUGUUUUGUGCAACACGAAUCUGACAAAUGCGGAGAAGGAGCAAACGGAUUUAUUAAAAGAAUAUUCAAAAGUUACAAAUGUAAGAGAAAUAAAUGAUAAUUUUACAACUGAUGAUUUGACGAUUAACCGGAGUUUAACAACAGUGGAGAAGGACAAAUUGAAGAUUUCGUUUUUGUCCUCAGUUUCAAUAGGGCAAGGGAUGGGUAAAUUUUAUGCUGGUGCGUACUACAGAGCCAUAGAAGAUAUUAGGAGGAAUUCAAGCAUUCUUCCAAAUUAUACAAUAGAGACUCAUUUCCAAGACACUGCUAAUAAUUAUUUGAAAGCUCUAAAUGAUAUGACACAUCUCUAUGUAAAGGGGACUACUGGUUUCAUUGGACCGGAGGGCAUCUGUUCUCAUGCAGCAAUAAUGGCGGCAUCAUGGAAUCUACCUAUGCUUGGUUACAGGUGUCACGACUCUUCAACAACAGAACCGGAUAUUUAUCAUGAUAGAGCUAGACGAACAUUUGUUCGGAUUCAACCGUCUACAUCUAAAGUAUCCAAGUCUAUCAUAUCGCUUAUUCAGCAUUAUAAAUGGAAAAUUAUAACAAUGAUAGUUGGGUCAUCUCCGGUGUGGAAUAAGACUGCUGAUAGUCUUUCCAUCUUGGCUAGAGAAAGAGGAAUCGCAAUAACCCAGAUUGAAUCUUUCAAGGAACCUUACAGUGUAAUGGUUCAUGGAAAACAAACUAAUGAAAAUAAUUCUAAAAUGAGAAGACUGCUUGACAAAACCUUCCAACAUACCAGAAUCUACGUUUUUCUGGGAGAUUAUCAUGCCUUGAUUGAUUUUGUGAGGGCCAUGCAUGCCAAACCGGAAACGAGUACUGGAGAAUAUGUGGUAAUUUCAGCCGACCAGAAGCCUUACUUCCCAGGCAGCGACAAUAAAUAUUUCCUCAGGCAACCGUAUGAAACGGAACUUAAAGAACGACACAUAAAGGCAUUUCACCCUUUGAUGUUACUUGCACCAAGAGCUGCCAACAGUCCUGAGUGGGGGAAAUUCCUUGAUGAUGUUAGAAAGCGAAACACGAAAAGUCCAAUUAAUCUACCUGUAUUUCCAGCAAUUCUAAAUACCGAGCAACAGGUACCAAUAUAUGCUGCCUAUCUUUAUGACGCAGUUAGGAUAUAUAUAGAUGCUAUAGAAGAGGUCCUCAGACUUAAUGGAUCGAUCACAAACGGCAGUGCAGUAGUCGCGUUAAUGAGAGACCGAACCUAUAAAAGUAUACAAGGAUAUGACUUUUAUAUUGACUCAUAUGGAGAUUCAGAGGGCAACUAUUCCCUUCUAAGACUAACAGAGGCUGAUGGCAAAUUAUCGUUGAGACCUGUUGGAGUCUAUCAAAUGAACGCCACCGGUCAUAAAAUACCAUCAUUUAUUGAAGAACGCAAGGUAGAGUGGCUGUUAGGGUACACACCAAAGGACCAACCUGACUGCGGAUUUGACGGUGAAAAGUGUCUUCAUCAAAUAGAUUGGAGAAUCGCAGUUAUCUGCAGUGUAGUUGUAGCAGCCAUGCUAGUUGCUGGAGGUUUCGUCUUAAGACAUUAUUUGUAUGAACAAAAGCUUGCAAAACUUCUAUGGAAAAUAGAAUACAAAGAUCUGAUGCUUGUCGACUCUGUAGAAGAAGUACUACCUCAUACAAGACCACUAAAAGAAAAUCAUAGAACAUCAAGGUCGUUCUUUCCAGCUUUGAAUACGAAACAUUUUGAGCCUUUCAAUGGCGUUCAAAAACACAGAAACUGCAAGAGACGAUCUUUAUCAUCCCUCAAAUAUUUGAUCGGACCUGAUGAACCUGAGAGAACAACAUUGCUUGGCGUUACUAAACCUACAAAAAAGAACAGUGUGUCAUAUGAGAAGAAGGUUCUGAUUGGAUCUUACAAGGGGACAGUGGUGUCAAUCAAACAGAUCUUUAAGAAAAAUGUUGAUAUCAACAGGACACUGAAGAAACAGUUACAACUGAGGAAGGAAUUAAACAAUGACAAUGUCAAUAGAUUUAUUGGUGCGUGUGUGGAAACUCCACACCUAUUCAUCAUUACACAAUAUUGUGCUAGAGGUAGUCUCUAUGAUAUUUUACAAAAUGCUGACUUAAACCUGGAUGAUAUGUUUAUUGCAUCACUUGUUGCAGAUCUAAUAAAGGGUAUGAUAUUUAUACACGAAAGUGAGUUGCAGUACCAUGGAAACUUGAAAUCUUCCAACUGUUUAGUAGACAGUAGAUGGGUUCUACAGGUAUCAGAUUUUGGUUUACAACAACUUAUUGGCAAUACUACACAGCACAAGAAUGAUAGUUUCAGUAAUUGUGAAGGACUUCUUUGGACGGCGCCAGAAUUAUUACGGAACAAGUAUAAUAGUAAUUAUGGAACCCCAAAAGGAGAUAUUUAUUCAUUUGCCAUCAUUAUGUAUGAAAUUCAUGGACGACUUGGACCGUGGGGUCGAACAGACUUUGCUCCAAAAGAAAUUAUACACAGAGUUAAAAUGGGAGAGGAUCCACCAUACAGACCGAAUACUAAUUUACUUAUGUGUGAGGAAUACAUAUCUACCUGUAUACACGACUGUUGGAAUGAAGAUCCUGAACAAAGACCUGAUUUUAAAUUUAUCAAAUACAGACUAAAACCAAUGCACCAAGGACUAAAAGCAAAUAUAUUUGACAAUAUGUUGGCAAUAAUGGAAAAAUAUGCAAAUAACCUUGAAGAAGUCGUAGCUCACCGAACACAACAGUUGUCAGAAGAAAAGAAAAUGACAGAGAAUUUGUUGUUUCGUAUGUUACCACGAUCUGUUGCUAACCAGCUAAGGAACGGUGAAAUGGUAGAACCUGAACACUACGAAUGUGCUUCAGUUUACUUUAGUGAUAUUGUAGGGUUUACAUCAUUAUCUGCUGAAAGUACUCCUAUGCAGGUAAUAGAUAUGUUGAAUGAUUUAUACACGUGUUUUGAUUCCAUCAUUGGUCAUUAUGACGUAUACAAGGUAGAGACAAUAGGUGAUGCAUAUAUGGUAGUAAGUGGACUACCAAUUCGUAACGGCAACAACCAUGCGGGUGAAAUAGCUUCAAUGUCGCUCCAUCUUCUAUCAGCCAUCAAAUCAUUUAGGAUUAAGCAUAGACCAGACGACACACUCAAACUUCGUAUAGGAAUACACUCAGGACCCUGUGUAGCUGGAGUUGUGGGCUUGAAAAUGCCUCGAUAUACAUUGUUUGGUGAUACUAUAAAUACAGCUUCAAGAAUGGAAACCACUGGAAUUCCUCUCAAAAUUCACUGUAGUAAAGAAUGUAAAGACAUUUUGGACAUUCUUGAUGGAUAUCAUUUGUCAGAAAGAGGAUAUGUUAAUAUGAAGGGAAAAGGUGAAAAAUUUACAUAUUUUCUGGAAUCUGAAGAUGCAAUAAUCAGGAGAAAACGAAUAACAAUGAUGUCUGUGUAUUCAUAUCAUGAUAGACGAUCAAAUCUAGAGAUAGAUCAUGCUAACUUUCCUAAUUAUUUUGACAAUUAUCUUGUGAAUGGAACGAACCAUAAACAUUGUAAUGGAUUCGUCAAACACAUUGACCCUACAAAUGCUCACGAUCUGAAACAUUUUAUUGACACUAAGGAACAAAAUGGUAAUUUAGUAAACUCAGUGCCAUGUUCGCCAUGUGACAAUUCAUGUAAGCCACCAACGUUUACACUCCGUCCACCACCAACUACACCUGUUCUAGAAACAAUGCCACUUAUGAAUGUUAAGUGGCAGUUAAACAAUGCAGGGUAUGUAGGACCGGAUGUAGAAGAUGCAUUAUAAAUGUAUAUAAAUAAGUGACAUGAUAUGUUUUACCCACAAUUCAACAUUGCCAUGACAAUCAUUUGAUAGGACAAGGUUUAUGUGGAUGUUCUCUUUUUUAUACUUUGUACUAUAUCAACUACUUGUACAACUGAUAUGCAAACCAUCCACUGUAUCAUCAAUAUCGUCUUUAUAACUCGGGUAUCUAAUUACUUCUAAACUCAUUAAAACAUGUGGAUUGAUUCAUUCACAUCGUCUAGUACUUGUACAAUGUACAUUGAAGACCAUACUUUUACAUGUAAUGGUUUAUUUUUACAACUUGUGACUUGAAUGGAUAGCUGUCACCAUUCGCACUCAGACCACAUCUAUUUUAUGGCUAAAGUCAUUUGGUUAUAAAUAUGAAACUAUUUAUGGUUAAAUCAUAAAUAAAUUUUCAGAUUUCAUCGAUUUGAUGAAAAUGUUAUAUGAACACUAAUGGAUACAUUUAGUGUAGCAUUUAUUAUAUAAUGUAUUAUAUUUUUUAACAAAAGCCUUCGCCAAAAAAAGACGAUGUCAAGAUCUUAGUCAAUCAAAAUCGACCGUUAAGGUCAAUAACCCGACAUUUGUUCUGAAGAGUCAUUUGUUAUUUUAUACAUAACGAUGUUUGAAAUGAAACAAAAAAGUGUUUGCAUAUCAAUAAGGUUUCGACGUUUAAUCUAUUCAAACGGUUCCCACCUCAACGCGCUUACUCUUUUCUGAAAUUGAGUUUUUUUUAUAAUCUGUUAAGACAUUUUCACCAAACAAAACCGGGUUGGAGUUAAACUAUUACAAGAGGAAAUGUUGCACUGUUUUGAUAUCAGAGAAAGAUACGUAAUGUAUAGUUGCGUAUUCGUCGAAAUAAGACAUGCUUUAUAAACAUUAAUUCGGUUACAUGUUUCCUUGUCACCAUUGUGUCUUUCAUUGUUUUCUGUGAUAAACAAACAUUUAUGUA